CUCCCACCACCGCUCAGCUUCGGGCCAUGCAGCCCACAACGCUCCGGCAGCGCGGAAGGAGCCAGCAGCGCUUCCGCCAUCACCCUGGCGGCAGGGAAGGACCCGCGGACCUCCUGCCGCCACUCAGCUUUGGGCCAUGCAGGCCAACCAGACCCAGCAGGCCGCCUCCGGGAUCCGGCAGCAGCAGGAGGUGGCUUGCUGCGCGUCCCGAGCCCUGAGCCAGCAGGACCCAGUAAGGAGGUACCGUACUUACAGUAACAAUAAAAAAAGACACCCCCCGAAAAUAAGCCAUAGGCUUAUUUUCUUGAGUGAAAUAAAUGUAAGACGGUGUCUUAUAAUGUGGGAAACACGGUACUCCUGAAAUUGAGGCAUUGAGGUAAUGACAGUUGCCUUUCGAAUCCUCUUGAUUGGUUGGGAGAGCAUUCUUACACAUCAGAGAAUCCACACAGAAAAGGGCCCUUUCUGAAGCAGCUUGGAACAAGGGGCAGCUUUGUGGUGCUGUGAAUUAACUUUGGUCUCUGAACAUCAUAGACAUCCCUCCUCCAUUUCUUAGAUGGGAACAUGAAUUUACUUCAAAACACAGUGAGCCAUCCCUGCUGAGUUUGGCAGCCCUCUGGCCCUUCAAGCCACAUGGCGCCUUGGAUUCCUCCCCAUGGGACAGAACUCCUUUCCACAUUAAAACGAAAAGCAGCUGAAAAUAAGUGUAAAAUGUCACUUAGGACGUAGACAUUUGCAGGUUGGAUGUGUAAACUGUAGUCGUAUUUCUCCUGUUGUCAUCUCCCUCCCUCGCAUCAGGUAUCUCUCCCACUUCCAUUAACUUUUAUUUGCACAAAAUCUAGUCCAGCAUCCUGUUCUCACAGUGGGCAACUAGAUACCUCGGUGUGGGGUUGGGGACACAGACCUUUGCAUUACGGUGAACCAAAGCAGGGCAACCCCUCACCCGACAGUUACCAGAUUUCAGCAGGAAGCUCUGGGUGCCAGUGCAAAAUGGGAGCAAAGAAGUUUGCCCUUUUGCAGGUGUGAACAGUACUGAAAGCGGAUCGUGUCUGCUCCCCUCUCCCCCAAUACAUUUACAGAAGGAAAUGAGUCCACACUGUGGUUAGGGUUAAGUUCAAGAGCCCAUGUUGAUCGAAGGAAGGUGAUUAUGUUGGAGGGACGUGAUCGGUCAGGCAGAGGGUCUCCCCUGCAGAUCAAAAGCAAACCAGCCGGCAUUUUAAAAGGUUUUUACGUGCUGUCAAAACCAGGGCCCCAAAAAGCCGCAAAGCAGACAGUUCCAACUGCAGUGCAUAAAAAUAUACAAUUGUGGUCAGACCCUAGCAGCUUGCUUAAAACGGUUAUUCCCCAUGCUUCCCUUUUCAUGUAAUUUGCAGGUGUUGAGGUCCUCUCCCUCCUGCCUUCAUCCAAACUUUUCCUUAGACAAGCAGAAACAGAGGAGGGACAAAGCCUUUAUAGCUAAAGGCCUGCUGUGCAGACCCAUGAAGGUCCUUUAAGGACAUCUGGAGAAGCUCUCAAAGGCAUCCAGUAACUGUCUCAGGUUAGGCCUGCCUCUUUCAAUGAUGGGAGAAGCCUGUUCCAGAUUGUUGUAUUCGUGUUGUCCUGAUUUCUGUCACCAGACCAUUGUUUUUCCUCAUUAGAUGUACCGUGCUUCUGAAUUCUGCUUUUGAAUCAGCGUUGUUCUCUGGUUCUGGAUAAGAAUAGACAGUGUAUUUUUUUUUUCUGGGGGCCCGCGAGAGUAUGCAUACCCCUAAACAUUUUGUGAAUCUUUGUACUUUUGUCCAUUUACUGUAUUUAUUUUCCCCGAUUUGAACUAUAAAAUUGUGGUUUUCUUGAGUCAAAAUGAGAGUACCCCUAUACAUAUAUAUUUUUUAGAAAACAGAUAUUCUGAGAACAGAUAUUCCAAGUCUUAGAAAAUCUAAAAGCUGUUCCAUCAGGUGACCUCUGCUUACACCAGGAGUCGGCAACGUUUUUUGAGGCUGGGCCUGUCCACUCCCCAGCAGACCUCUCAGUAGGCCGGAGCAUGUGUGUCAAGCUAUUUCCGGCGCUCUUCCAACCCGGAAGUCGUUCUCCGCAGCGAGAAAAAAAAUAGUGUCGCGGGGGGGGGAGCACAGAAUCCCCACACCGAUCCACGGAAUGGCCGUGGGCUGGUUCUAGGAAGCUGGAACCGGCCCAUGGCGCUUAGGUUGCCGACCUCUGGCUUACACCAUCAUUUCUCUUUCUCUCUCUCUCUCUCUCUCUCUUACACACACACACACACACACAUGCCUACCCUACUGUGGGAAAGCCUGGGUGAGUGACACCAUAAUGAAUUGAAAAUGUGUUCCGCUCAGCCCUGUGUUUGUGUGUGAUGUUUAGUUUUGGGUUGGUUUGUUCUAACAGCCGGUUGGUGCAAUGGCAUUUUGUUCCUUAAUAAAUUAUCUCAAAUGAGCAAGAAAGUGUCCAGAAUUUAAUUAUGGAAAAGGCACUGAUCUUCAAGUGGAAUACAGCACAAGAGAAUAAAAUCAGGAAAAGGAGGCAUUAAAAAUUAUUUUAAACCUCAAUAAAUAAUCCUCAGUACUUUCACCAGAUGCUCGGACACCAAGCAAAACAUCCCCGCUUAACAAGAACGUUUUAUUGUCACCUGAGGAAGAAAGCUUAUUUCACAUAACAAAUCCUGACCUCCGUUCAGACUGUAUUGUUGAGGUUCCUUCUGCACCAAGUUCAGGAGCAAACCCUGCUUUCUCUUCUCUCUCUCUUUCUCCCCCAGCAGAUAAUGCCAGGAGGAAACAUUUCUGACCAGACUGUGACUACCGCUUUGCCCUGUAAUCUCAAGCCCAUAAUGCAUAUGCAAGAUUAGUACUUGAAAAUCACAGCACCAUUGAUCUUUAGGAGCAUAUUGUUUAAACAGGCCCAUUUGUGAGGGGGACCCCAAAAUUUAGUACAAGGGUUCCCAAACUGUGGUCUGUGGUGGUUUGUAUGAAAUAUUGAUUUUAAUUGUAUUUCUGGUGUACUGUAUCAAGAAAUGGAGGGUACAUUUCACCAUGUGUGGUGGACAUGCAAAUCAGCGAAGGGUUUUUGGGAAAUGACCUAUAACAAUAUAGAUGAUAUAUAAUGAAUUGGGGGGGGUGUUUUAAAGGACUUUUAUAAAAAGACCAGAAAUCUUAUUAUUAGGAAUACUAGGAUGUCCCCACAGAUCAAAAUGAUUUGUUACUUGACGCAAUCACGGCAGCCCGAAUGAUAUAUGCUCGUAAAUGGACAGAGGGGAGAACGCCAACGAAGGAGGAAUGGCAAAUGAAAUGGAUGGAACAUGUGGAAUUAGCAAAUAUGAAUUAUAGAAGGAGAGACCAGGAAGGUGGAAUAUGGUAUUUAAGGAGGAGUGAAAAAUGUUUGCAGAAUAUCUGAAAAAUCAUGUCAAACAGGUUAAAGCGUUAGCAGGGUUGGAGUAAAUUCAGCGGUUUAAAGUAUAUGAAGAUGUAAUGAGGAGGGAGAGGGGAAAUUAUGGAGUAAUUAGAAUAUGCAGUUGUAAUAUCUAGAACCAUUAAAAGGGGAAAUGGAAGUCAGUGACUACGAUUGUGUGAGUAAAUUGAAUGGAAUAUGAAAACUUGGUAAUGGGGGGGAAAGCAUAAAGGGAGAGAGAGAAUGAGAAUGCAGUGCCAGGGCUCUGGCACUAGACUAGAGCCCUUCCUCCAUCCUCUAGAAGCUAGUUCUUCUUUUGUUUCUUAUACUGUAUUGUCUUUCCUUGUGCCAUGGAACUCCAAUUGUAAUACCAAUAAAAUGUAAAAUGAGAAAUAAGAUUCAAUAGAAGAAAUAGAAGAAGAAAUAAAAAUGCAAUUAAACAAACAUGCAGCAUCUACCACAGUGCAUUACAGUUGCUACAACAGAUGAAAAAGGCAUUAAGUGAUCUUCCAAGGCCACCAGCAAUUUUCAUGUGAUCUGGUUUCAAGUGACACAACUGUGCGAAUCUGAAUAAGGCACAAUGUUCCUUUGUUCUGAGGUUUCUACAGUGCUGGAUUCAGAAGCAAACCCUGUCUUCCUCCUUUCUCUUCCUCCGUGAGCAGAUGAUGCCAGGAGCAAAUUUUUCUGCCUGGGUUGUGGUCACAGCUUUGCCCUUCCGUUUUAAGCCUGAAUUUGAACACGGAACACAAAAUUUGCACUUGAGCCUCACACCACCUGUCUACACAAUGGAUUUUUGUGUUUUAUCUUAUCCUGGAGUGGCUUGAUUCCUUUUUGUUGCCCAAUGCUAUGGUGAUUUGGGGUGUUUUUCAACACUACAGUUCUAAGUAGUUUUUUAAAAAAGCACUUCCAGAUCCUCAUAAACAGCAGCUUACCUGGGUCUCAACACAUAGCAUUUUUACUCAAAAUUGAGUCCCCCAGGUGUUGUUGGACUACAACUCCCAUAAUCCCUAGCUAGUAGGUCCAGUGGUCAGGGAUGAUGGGAAUUGUAGUAAAAAAAAAACCAGGGAGGGGCAAGUUUGAGAAACACAGGAAGAGACUACAUCUCCCAGAAGGCUUUGGGAAAGACCGCCAGGCGUGGGAGGCCCCACAAUGCAACAGGCUCUCUGGCAUAAGAAUUUUCCGCAGUGUAGGUUGCUUUGGGAGCUCAUCACCGAAGAGAAGCUGCAGCUGACUCUUGUAAGGGGUGAAUGCAGAAUCAUAGAAUCUCUGGACUGAAAGGGUCCAGAGGGUCAUCUAGUCCAACCCCCUGCAAUGCAGGUAUCAGCCAACGCAUCCAUGACAGAUUGCCAUCCAACCCUGCUUAAAAACUUCCAAGGAAGGAGAUUCUGCAACCUCCUGAGGGAGACCGUUCCCACUGUCAAACAGCUCUUAUUAUCAGAGAGUUAUUCCUUAUGUCUAGUUGGAAUCUCCUUAUAUCAUAUUGUACUGACUGUAAAUCAAACUUGUGUCCCCAGGUGUUGUUGGACUGCAACACCCAUCAUCAUUUGCUUGCAGGAACAGUGGUCAGGAAUGAUGGGACUUUGUAGGGUGGGUACCCAAAUUUGAGAAACUCUGGAAGAAACAACAUCUCCAGGAAGGCUCUGGGUCUGGAUAAGAAAGAGGGCUUGAGAUGCCCCACAAUGCAAUGGGCUUUUGCUUUAUCCCAUCAGCCCUCAGGCACUACUCUUGGCAGGAAGGGGAAGAGGCAGAACAGGAUUGUUGUGAUAAGGAAAAGCACACUGGAGUAAGACAGAGGUCACUUGCAGGGUUCCCUUUGGGAGCUCAUCACAGAAGAGAAGCAGGGGAGGGGAGGUACAGUGGUGCCUCACUAGACGAAAUCAAUUCGUUCCACGGAUCAAUUCGUGUAACGAAUUUUUCAUCUAGCGAGUCCCAGUUUCCCAUAGGAAUGCAUUGAAACUUAAUGUGUUCCUAUAGGCUCUGGGGGACUGGCGGCGGCAUGCGAUGGGGCUUCAGAGAAGGUCUCCGAAGCCCCGUCCGAUGCCGGCUGUGUGCGAGGCGGCGGGGGGAGAAGCUCUCUGCUCCCAGCCACCGCCUUGCCUGCCUCCCCCGACAUGGAGCGCAGUUUCGGAGGUCUCUGAAGUUGCACUCCAUGCCGGCUGUGCGCGGCGAGAGGCGGCGGGGGAAGAGUUUCUCCCGCUGCCGCUUCCCGUCUGCCUCCCCCGACAUAGAGCGCAGUUUCGGAGACCUCCGAAACUGCGCUCCAUGCCGGCUUUGCGCUGUGAGUGGCGGCAGUGGGGAAGAUUUUCCCCAGAUUGGCCUUUAAUCCAACCAAUCCCUAAAGAGCAAGUUUUCCCGUGGAAAGGAGUGGGGCAAGGGGCAGGGGCAUAGGAAGAUAGGGGCAGUGGGGGCGGGGUGCCCGAGCGGCGUGAUCCCAAGGGCGCCAUCGCGGGUGCCCGCCCUGCCCCCAAACGCGCACCCCGCCCCUUCGGGCACACCCCAAAACACCGCCCCUGUGCAUGGCAUGCCCCGCCCCAAAAUGCAUGCCCCGCCCCUGUGUGCAGCACUUCCUGCCCCAAAACGUGCAUCCCACCCCCCAAAACGCACAUCUCGCCCCUGCACACGGCAUGCCCUGUCCCCAAAACGUGCGCCGUGACACGCCCCCAGACCGCGUGCACGUCCCUGGGGGCAGUGCACCUUCUCUCUGCCCCGGUGGCAGAGCAUGAAGCUCCGCCUCUGGCAAGGGGGGUACUGCUCAGACACGUACUUUCCUGAGUGUGUGAGGGAAAGAGCAGGGAGAGGUAGAAUUUAAGAGUUGGAAGGGGAUCUGCGGGAAAUCUAGUCCAACCCCCUGCAAUGAAGCAAUUAUUAGAAUAUGCAGUUGCAAUGGGUAAAUAUAUGGAACCAUGGAAGGGGGGAAGGGAAGUCGAUGACAAUGAUUAUGUGAAUAAAUUAAAUGGAAUUCUGUUGGGAGCCACCCAGAGUGGCUGGGGAAACCCAGCCAGAUGGGUGGGGUAAAGAUAGAUAACUAACUAAAUAAAUAAAUAUCCCAUAGGCCAAUGAGAGGCCACUGCUGAAAGUUUUAUUUUCAUACAGGGUGGUAAAAAGAGGCGGCCCCACGUCCUCCGUGAUCCUCUGCCAAGCCAUCAGUUGAAAGCCAAGGAGAACGAUGCAGAAUGGCUUUCCCCUGGGAGAGAUGUUGUUGCUGGAGCACUCCUACGCUCUCCCAGCAAGUCCAGGUGACACCAGGAGAAAAUAUACCUGUCCGAUCUGUGGCGAGUGCUUUGCCUUCACGUUGGCUCUUGCCGGACACCAGAGAAUCCACACAGGAGAGAAGCCCCAGAAGGGCAGUGAGAGCGGGGACUGUUUUGAUCAGAGUUCAGGGCUUUUGAGCCACCAAAGAACCUGUCAAAGAGAAAAACCCUAUAAGUGUGCAGAGUGUGGGAAAACAUUUACUCGCCGAUCCGUCCUUCUGCUCCAUCAGAAGUUCCAUGCAGGAAACAACUCCUAUGACUGCUGGGAGUGUGGAGCGAAACAUUCCCGACUCUCGGAUUUUGUGAAGCAUCUCAGAGCCCACACAAGAAUAAAACCAUACAAAUGCUUGGAGUGUGGGAAAUGUUUUCCCCGGAAUUCGCAGCUUUGUGAACACCAGAGAGUCCACACAGGAAAAAAACGGCACAAGUACUUGCAGUCUGAGACGAGCUUUUCUAGAUGGCAGCAACUGGUGAGACGUCAGCAGGUCUAUAAGGGGGGGAAACCCUGUAAGUGCAUGAAAUGUGGCAAAUCGUUUGCUCGGCACACUGCCCUUGCGAUCCAUCGGGAGGGCCACUGUGGAAAGAAACUACAUAAAUGCUUGCAGUGUAGGAAAUAUUUCCCUAGCCAAUCAGCUUUUGUGAAACAUCAGAGAAUUCACAUAGGCACAGGACGCCACCAAUGUGUUGGGUGCCAAAAACGUUUUCUCUGGAGAUCACAGCUUCUUGUACACCAGAAAAUCCCCACAGGAGAGCAAUCCCACAAAUGCAGUGAAUGUGAGUCAUGCUUCUCUUGUUGGCUACAACUUGUUAUUCAUCAGCAAACCCAUUCAGGAGAAAAGCCUCAUAUGUGCUUGGAGUGUGGGAAAUGCUUCCCCACAAAAUCAGAUCUUGUUCAACACCAGAUAAUCCACCCAGGAAAGAAACCUUAUCAAUGCACAGAGUGUGGGAAAUGUUUUUCUGAUAAAUCUGCCCUUUUGAGCCAUCAGACGGUUCACAAUGGAGAGAGGCCCCAUAAAUGUGUGGAGUGUGGGGAAAGGUUUGUUUUGCCGUCAGAACUUGAAAUCCAUCAGGGAAUCCACACAGGAGAGAAACCCUACAAAUGCGGGGAAUGUGGGAAAUGCUUUGCCGGCCUAGCAGACCUUGAUGAACACCAGAGAGUGCACAUAAGAGAGGGGCCUUAUGAAUGUGGAGAUUGUGGGAAAUGUUUUUCUACUUCAUCACAUCUUACUAGACAUAAGAAAGCCCACCCAGAAAAGCCAUAUAAAUGUUUGGACUGUGGAAUGAUAUUUUCUCAUUCACAUACCCUUAAGGGGCACCAGAAAAAACAUACAGUAAAUAGAUGCCAUGAAUGCUUGGAAUGUGGGAAAUGUUUUUAUAGGAGAGAGAGUCUUGUAAAACAUCAGAGAAUCCACACAGGGGAAAAGCCCUACAAAUGCUUAGAAUGUGGGAAAUGCUUUGCAAGGAAAGAGGGUCUUAUGAAACAUCAGAGAGUCCAUACAGGAGAGAUAUCCUAUAAAUGCACAGAGUGUGAGGAAUGUUUUACUAGCAAAUCACGGUUUAACAUCCAUCAGAAGAGCCAUGCAGGAGAGAAAUCCUACAAAUGCAUGGAAUGUGGAAAAUCCUUUCCCAAGAAAAAGACACUUCGUGGUCACCAGAAAACCCAUACUAAAUCGGAAGCCUACAAAUGUGUGCAAUGUAGAAAACUCUUUGCCAGCCUAGCAGACCUUGAUGAACACCAGAAAGUGCACAUAGGAGUGGGGCCUUAUAAAUGUGAAGAUUGUGGGAAACGUUUUUCUGCUUCAUCAAAUCUUAUUAGACAUCAGAGAGUCCACCCAAGAAAGCCAUAUAAAUGUUUGGACUGUGGAAUGAUAUUUUCUCAUUCACAUACCCUUAAGGGGCACCAGAAAAAACAUACAGUAGAUAGAUGUCAUAAAUGCUUGGAAUGUGGGAAAUGUUUUCCUAAGAAAUCCCGUCUUGUGCUUCAUCAGAGAACCCACACAGGCGAGAAGCCCUACAAAUGCUUAGAGUGUGGGAAAUUCUUUUCGAGGAGAGACAGUCUUAUGAAACAUCGGAAAAGCCACACAGGAGAGUUAUCCUAUAAAUGCAGAGAGUGUGAGGAAUGUUUUUCUAAUGAAUGGCGGUUUAUCAUGCAUCAGAAGAGCCAUGCAGGAAAGAAGCCCUACAAAUGCAUGGAAUGUGGAAAAUUCUUUACCAAGAGUACGAACCUUCGUAGACACCAAAGAAUUCAUACUAAUUCGGAACCCUAGAAAUAAUAUCUCAUAAUCCCUAGGACAAUCAAUACAGGAGACAAGCCCUACAAAUGCUUGGAGUGUGAAAAAUGUUUUACUGUAAACUCGGGGCUUCUUAUACCCAAGAGAGUCCACACAGGAGAGAGGCCUUACCAGUGUGUAGCGUGUGAGAAAUGUUUCUCACAGAGGAACCUUAAAAAACACCAGAGACUCCAUAAGGAAUAGAAAGCAUAUAAAUGUUGGGAGUGCGGGAAAUGUUGUUUUAAUAAGAUUUUGUUACAGAUUUUUCAUAAUACAAUAUGAUAAAAGAAACAAAUCUAAAUAAAAAACAGAAACAAAAAGACGGAUAAGAGAAAAUACCAAAGGAAAACAGCAAUAUAGAAGAAAAAAGGACUUCUGAUUCUCCCGUCUGUUACAUAAAUUAUUCAAAAUAUUCACCCUAGAAUGACACUCAACAGAUCUACUUUCUGUUAGGCAAUAUUUUCCCUGUCUUCUAUCCCAAAUGUAUCUGAUUUUCCUAUUCCUUUAUAUACGAAAAGUCCAAAAGGGGUUCUCUAAUUAUUGCUAUUAAUAAAUUUCAGCAAUCAUUUUUCUCUAAACAAACCUAUGAACUUUGCCUCUAUUACGGUAACUUCAACAACCAUUCCUCCAUAUUAAAUGUUAAAAUGUCUUUCCAUCUUUGUCCACACAAGAGUUUCUUCUGUUUAUAUAUUAAAAUAGUAUUCCACAAUCCUUUCCUUAUUGUGUAUUCAUUAAUUGAAUUUCCAGGUUGUAGAUGGAAAUCUUACUCUCUCAACUCUAUCUCUGCCGGCUCAGGGUAUCUCUUCAUUUCUCCAUCCAUGGCUUCAUUCCACUCCUCCAACAUCACAAUUCUACUUUUUCAUUCCGCUAAACACCUCUGGGAAGAGCUUUCCUUUAUUGAAAUUGCUCCCUGAAGUCUCUGUGUCCUCUUUGAUUCCAUUUUCCAUUUCAUCCUUCUCUCUCUCUCUCUCUCUGUCAAAUAGUUUUUAUUUGAUUUUUCAGUUAUAGAUUUACAACAAAACAAAACACAUUUCCAUAUACAGAGUUGUUUUCUCUGAAUCUUGAGACACCCCCCCCAUAUCCCCUCAAUGGGUCCUAAUGUCAGCGUUUUCAACUCCAUAUUAUAUCAAAUCUAUAUUUCAUAUCUAUCCAUAUUAUCCAUAGAAUUUGUUACAUUACAAGUGAGAUUAAAAUCCUGCUAAUGUUUUCAUCUGCUUACAGGUAGUCUCCUAAAUUAAUUAUAAAUGUUCCCCAUUCUUUCUUGAAGUUUUUGUCUUCUUGGUUCCUGAGCUUUCCGGUCAGUUUUGCCAUUUUGGUGUAGUCCAAAAGCUUGAUUUGCCAUUCUUCUCUGGUCGGGACUUUGUCUUCAUUCCAGUAGCAUCCGUGUGGCUCUUGUCACAUACAUAAAAAGUAUUUCCUGCUCCUUUGGGAUGUUAGUGUCAGUAAUUCGGCCAUCCCAGGGGCCAGUUGUCAGACUGGUCCCACGGGCCAAAUAUGCGAUUGCUCUCACAAACGUGAUGAACAACACACAAGUCAGUAAAUAAGGCUUAACUGCUUUAUUUACAUAUAAACAAACUGGGAGCUCUACAUCAUGGCUCCCUCUCUCUGGCAUCACAGCCAGUAAAGAGAAAAAACAAAGGAAACAACAGUCCCACGUAAACAUCCUGUCUACGUCACUUCCACUCUGUUUGAAUGAAAACACAUACAGUCAUAUGAUACACAAUAACCCUAUGACUGCAGACGGGGAAUGAAUCCUAACAAACUCCCCCGAUUUAUGCCCUGUGCUGCAGUUCACCUUUGGAACUACCUGCAACUGGAGUUGGCAUUGGCCAUACCAUCUUGCACUUCUGAUAAGUCAUGG